AUGGAUGGAUCUUCGCUUACCGAACCUUCGCCGGGUCCCUCGCCAGCCUCUCCCGCGGCAAAGGCGUCUCCUUCGUCGUUUUCUCCAGAUUUCCGUUCAAGAAAUGCCUCCACCGACAAGAGCAAAGGCGAGUUUUUCGAGCUUCAGCGGCCAACGACACCGGCGAAAAAGCCUCGCAAUUUGAAGAACCUGGCCGUGAACACGUCAUCCACUCUCGGCCUUGGACGUGCUGCGAACACGGCUGCACUUCCUGUGCAAAACCCGCCUGCGUCAUCUUCUGCUCCGCCGUCGCCUUCUUUCGUCAAGCCUCCGACUCCGCCAAGGCGAAAACCCAGCAAUCUGGCUUUGACCCUGCAAACAAACACAAAGGGCCCGCUCCCCACGCUUUCGAUCCCGCCUACGCCUUCCAUAAAGAGGCCCAACACAUUACGGCACUUUCAGUCCUCCCCAUCGCUUCCGUUAUGUUCGCCUGCGAUUCCUCCUUCUGGUGGCAUGGAGUUGCCCCCGCCACCGCGGGCGAAAGCGCCGCCCCAGGGAUUUGCUGAGAUUCCAAUGGAGGACGAGGAGGAAGAGCAAGAACCGAACUUUGAUGUCCCUCAAUCACGCGAAGAGAAGCCGGAGGCGUAUCCCAACGGUCCAAUUUGCAUCUACGAAUCAGGUGUCGACCUUUAUUACGAGCCGACCGCCGAAAUCGCUGCCCGUUACGAUGUUGUGCUCAAUGUGGCGAGCGAAGUUGUCAAUCCGUUCAAGAAAGCCGCCCAGGAUGCGAAAAGGGAUGCGAAGGCUGUUUCAAAAGAAAACCCGACGUCGCCAAGAAGCUCCGAGCUGACGCAACCCUCCGACCGCACUUCAGCCGAUGGACCGGUAGGACAAGCAACCACUGAGAACUCAGCAGAGGCGCAGGGAAGUUCCCCGACAACCCCCAAAGCCACGCCCUCUUUCGGAGAUAAGGUGGAGAAGCGAUCCACAGCACGCACGUCAUUCUCGAAACCGGAGUACAUCCACAUCCCCUGGGAGCACAACACCGACAUUGUACCCGACCUGUACACGCUAGUCAGAAUUAUCGACGACCGCGUACAGCAGGGCAAGCGUGUCCUGGUUCAUUGUCAAUGCGGUGUCAGUCGCUCAGCUAGCUUGAUCGUGGCUUACGGCUUGUACAAGAAUCCUGGCAUCAGUGUUCAAGAAGCGUACGAUGCCGUUAAAAAGCGAAGCAAGUGGAUUGGGCCCAACAUGAACUUGAUCAUGCAGCUCCAGGAAUUCAGGAAUGGCCUGCUCCGUGCCAAUGGACACAGCCAGGGCUACAAGGCCGGUGUCCCCCGCAGGCUCUCGCCGAACCCCAUGGGCCCUAGGGGCAAAGACCAAUCUGGAUUUGACGCGGAUUCGUCUGGUUCACGGACUCCAGCCACAGCGCCUUUGCCACCUGACUACGGCCCCGACCCUGUGCCGCAACGAGCAAGCACGGGCAACAUGAUACCCAUUUCGCCAGGCCCCACUUCCGCUCCGUCGGGUCUGAAUUGGGGUACGCCCGGCUUCCGUCGCACUUGGGAUGCAGCACAUGUUCCCCUUGGUUCUCCCAUCGAGCAACCAUUUGUUGAUCCCAAGGGCCAUGUCAUUCCGGUCGUCACCAUCCAGCACCCGGCUCGCUCAACCCCCGAGCCCGACAGGGAAGAGAGGUUCAUCAAGGAGAAGGGCAGAUCCGACAGCGAUGCUACUUUGCGCCAGGUUCCAAAUUUCUCACGCCAGUUCCCGAUCAGACAGCAAAAGGAUGGCGAUCAUGAUGACAACACGAACGCCGUUCAAACCACUAAUGUAAUGGAAGGCACCGCCGCAGUUGGACAUCAACAGGAAGCUUUGGAUAGGUUGACUUCCGCCGCCCCGACAAACAAGAUCGCACAGGCAUCACACGCAGCGGCUCCGCCAAUGAGCCCGCGCAAGUCAAGUUUACAGGAGCGGCGCCAGAACAAGAUCAAGUCGCUUGCAGAGCCUUUUGCAUCCAAGAAUCCCGGGCCUCGAGCCGACUCCUCCCUUCUGAAACCCCUUCAAAUGGAUGACUCAUUACCCUUGGCUUCACCACUCAAAGCUAAUUUCUCCUUCGACAACCCUCCAAGGCAGGUGCGGCCAAAUGACUCUGUCAUUUCGAUGUAUGAUCGCCAUAACGAAAGCCGAUCCUUCCCGCAGGGUGAUAAGACGAGCGCAUCAAAUGAGCCUUCUGGGUCCCCCAUCUCUGAAGAAUUCCACAUGGCUCCGAUUGUGACAAAGGAUGAAAGUGACGAGGACUUUGGUCUCCUCUCGCCAACAAGGUUCGAAUUUCCAAAGAAUCCGUUCGAUGGACUUGAGCCUGAAACUCAAAAUCAGGCAACCAGCAGCAAACCAGGAGUCUCACCAGGACUUCCGCCUCGCAUGCACGCAAUUCUUCCACCGGUUACGGAAGUCGAUUCUCCCGAGCAAUCACCCUUCCAAGGAUUCGGCUUCUUAGGUUCCCAGCCUUCGCCGCGGCCAGCGACACCGCCACAGGUCUCGAAAUUUGCUCAACCUCCGUCCGAAGAACCAAGCCCAAUGGCAGGCGUUCGCCGCGCGCGUACAGACGGCCCCGAGCCGAGCACGUGGAACUUCCACGAGAAUGACAAUCACUUAUCCGCGUCCGAGCCGAAACUUCGACCGAAGUACUCGAAUCCAGACCUGCAAUCGCAGCGCCGUCUCCGCGCCUUUCAAACAGAGAUGGAGGCGCGCUUGCCCAACCACAACAGCUCGCAUACAUCAAACGAAGCCGCAACGCUGAUGUCUCCAAGAGCACAUGAAUUCACUCAAAAUCCUUUCCACUUCACCCUGGAGGAAGCAUUCGGCUCUCCCCCGCCAGUUCAGGCUGGCCGAAUGCUUGAUUCUAAAAAAGAGGGUUCAAGUCAGAAUUGGGAAGUCCAAAGAUGCAGUACGCCAAACCCUACGGACAUCGACCCCCGGAGCCCGCCGCAAUCGGGCGUAAGCCCCAUCACAAGGAACAUUUGGGAUGUCCUAUGA